CAUACUGUAACCUCUAAUGCCGUAUGAGCUAGAACACAUAAAACAAUGAUCCAGCUGUCGAAUCUGUGUAUAUUCUUGAGUCUUGCUGCUGAAUUAGCAAAAGCAGAUUUAUCGGUGAGUGCUGGAGUGUUGACUCUCAGUGAAUGGACGGAUCUGACCUGCUGUAACCAUAAUCAGACUAUAUCACACUGCCUUUUCUUUGCUGAUUCAGAAAACAUUGGUCAACAAAACUCCUCUGGCAGCUGCUGUAAAUUCACAGUCAGAGGAGAAAAAUUGCAGGGAAAAUCUGAGGAGUUCCAAACAACUGUUACCGUCCAGUGUACAAGCAAACCUGAUAACAACACGAGCCAAAAUGUCACCAUCUCAGUGUGGAGAAUAUUUCUUUCUGGCAAAAGAUUUCUUGCCUAUAUAGUCAUAUCUGGGAUUUUGAUUCUGCUCUCUUUCCUCAUUAUCUUCAUAUGUAUAAUCUAUAUGACCAGAAAUCAAGGGUAUGGCCAACAACUAUAUUCAGCUAGAGCACAAGAAAUGGACAACGGUGCAAAUUCUGGUUCCGCUGAAGGACAGAUAGUGGAAGAUGAGAUGUUGUAUGCCACCGUAAAUCAUACAGGUGCAGGUGAAAACUCUGCUCCUGCAGUGAAGUUCGAUUCAGAAACUGUCUACGCAACUGUGGUCAUGGACUGAACAACCUGUAACACAGACUGAUGUAAAUAAUCACCAAAACUAAAUUAAACCUGUACCAUGUUUGAGCAACCCUUCCUGAUUAGAUUAGUUGUUGCAAAGUUAGGCAAUGCGAGAAUUGAGAAAUAAGUAGGAAACCUGCUAAACUUGAAGGCUUGAACUGUUUCAAAGGUGUAUUGUACUGCACUUGUAUUCUGAUGCAUUUUGAGAGAAACAUUAA